CGGGCGCGGGAGGCUGUUGCGAGAGUUGAGCUGAGCUGAGGGGAGGGGGGGGAGGUCACUAGCGCAGGUGACACACGCUCCACGCAACGCCGCAGGCGCGGAACACUGAGAACCGCCCGCAAAAGUGCAGCAAAGUAGCAGCGAAGCUCAUUCUCGCCUCAGACAUGGAGCGGUCCAACCCUGGUCAGCUGAGUCAGAAUGAGAAGGCGGUGGGGAGCGCGCGCGACACCUCUGUGAACGGACACUUGUUGGAAGGUGUGGUGAAGGUGAGGGGCCGGACCGCGGGCUCCGUGGGGGUCCCGGCCGAGACGAGUGCGCAGCCGUCCUCGGUGAUGGAGAGCUGGAAGGAGGAGCGCACUCGGAGCGUGGAGGACAACGAGAUGAGCCUGCCGAGCCUGGCGGCCGCCUACAACACCAUCCUGAGGGGUCUGGGAGAGGACCCGCAGAGGCAGGGGCUCCUCAAGACCCCCUGGAGAGCGGCCACGGCCAUGCAGUACUUCACCAAAGGCUACCAGGAGAAGAUCAUCGACAUACUGAAUGAUGCCAUUUUCGAUGAAGACCAUGAUGAGAUGGUGAUUGUGAAGGACAUUGACAUGUUCUCCAUGUGUGAGCACCACCUGGUCCCCAUUUUUGGCAAGGUCCACAUAGGUUACCUGCCCAACAAGAGGGUCCUGGGGCUCAGCAAACUAGCCAGGAUUGUUGAAAUUUAUAGCAGGAGGCUGCAAGGUAGAUACCCAGUCCAGGAGCGGUUAACCAAACAAAUUGCUGUCGCCAUCACUGAAGCUCUGCAGCCUGCUGGUGUUGGGGUUGUUGUAGAAGCCACACACAUGUGCAUGGUCAUGAGAGGAGUGCAAAAGAUGAACAGCAAGACUGUGACGAGCACCAUGCUGGGCGUGUUCCGCGAAGACCCCAAGACACGGGAUGAGUUUCUCACUCUCAUCAGGAGCUGAAUUCACCUGCCUAGAACAAGUGUGGAAAUUCCUUGGCUCUUAACACAGAGUGUUGCCUAAACUCUUCCUUCACUGAAACAUUGAUAAAGUAAGAUUCAAAGUAUGUUCUCUCUCUCUCUCUCUCUCUCACUCACACCGUUUUGUGUCUUUGCUAGUUGCCACACUGGUCUGUCAGUCCCUUCUGUGUACAUUCACUGGUCAAUAUUUUCUCAUGAUGAAGUGGUGAAAAAAUGUUUCAGUGCAGGACUAGCAUUAAAUGCCCUCAUGGUCUGAAUUGUUCAGGAAACAUGUACAUCAAGUAUUUUGUUAUUCAGAAUUUUAUUAAAUACAGCUGGUCUACUAAUGAACUUAACUGGGACCGAGAGUUGGUGUCUAACUCGAAAACUUCUUUCGCUAAAUGUGACAUGGUGCCGGCGAGGGGCUUGUCGUCAAUUCUAUAUGUAGCUACUCGUGCGAUGUGUGCUGACCAAAACGGUGGCGUUGGACAGACUACUACAAGAGCUGCACGUCUGAAUCGGUCUCUCUUCAUCUCUUCUCAUUUAUUAAAGCAUCCGAUAAAGGUAAAUGUCAACAAUCUCAACAGCUGUAUGAAGAGAGAUGCAACAGCUGGGUUUUUCAGAUAGGAAAAGAGCAGCAAACAGUUUGUCUCUCCCACUGAACAGAUUGCAUACAGCAUAGCAGGCAGAUAAAUCCCUCCCUCUGGGAGUCAGAAUGUCUUGUGCAUGUGUCUGCACCUUUUGAGCCCCCGGUAGGGGUAUUUGACAUGUUGUAAAUAAGGAACCCCAAUAAAGAACUGACCCAGAGUUAAGCUACAGAUUUGGUGCUCAACUGAAGCUUCAAGAUUCCUUCUUUUACCCCACACGACACAAAAUUCAAUAAUAUGGUCCAAUCCAAGUAUAAUAAAACUAAUAAUUUAAAGACAAUGUAAGUUGUAUGUUAUUUACCUUGAACUGCAGACAGCUGUGUAUCAACCUGGAGAUGAAAGUACACAGAGGUGCAGGACGAUGAGAGAUGGCACUUCACCGGUAGCUCAAAACAGGGAGAUGAAGGCAGAAUAGAUUCAUCUACUGCUUGUUCUUCUGUUUGCUUCUUUCACACCCUCUACACUCUUGCAAAAAAACUUAAGGCUGCACUGUUUGCGGUCGCUAUCUGUCAGCACAUCAGAUGCUUUGGUUUGUGAUUUGAAUGGGUAUGGUAGCUAUUGUUAUGAAAAAAUACUUCUCUAAAAAGUCUUUCAGUGAAACAUUUGUAAGUUGGGGACCAACUGUAAACAUUUCUUCAUGGUUAGGAUGAGUCAGUGGGCAAUGUUUACCUUAUUUCUCAUACCACUUGUAUCAAACUUUUCCCCAUUUAUAAUGGUUUUAAGUUAUGUGAUAACGAGUAUUUUACAUUACAGAAUAAAUGAAAAAGCAGUACAUUAAAAAAAAUCUCUUUGGCAGUAUAACUUUUGUCAAAGAUUCAAGUUUAAGAUGUAUCAUACACCUUUCAAAGUGAAAAUAAGGUUGAAUUAUAUUAGUGCUAUUACCCCUGACACACACAAUUGAGUAAGAAUUCCUGUGCAUAUUCCCUUUUCCAUUUAAAUUCAGAAUGUGAAUAUUAAUGUUUUUUCAUUCACUUCACAUAAAACUGGCAAGCUUUACCCAGUAAUUAUUUUAAAUUUUGGCAAAUUUCUUCUUUUCAUGCUUUGCUAGUAAAAAUGUGUUUUGUUGAAGUGAUAAGUUCCCAAAUUAGACUUUCUAUAUAUUUCUGAAUGCAUAAAAGUCAUGACAGCCUCAAUCUUGAGUUAUGAGUACAAAAUUUUAAUUUGAGGUUGGUCUUUCUUACAUUUCACAGGAAGUCAAACUAAAGUUUCCAUCCUCAUAUAAUUCAUUAAGAAUGUAUGGUUAUUAUAUAAAAUGCAUUUCUUCAUAGAAGGUGUCCAUUCUGGGAGUGUUCAUAUUUCUCAAUUAGUGUCAAGUCAUUUGUCCAGUGAAGUGUCUUAAUACAUGAAUGUUUUUGUUUCAUUCUGUUUACCUAUCAGUAGCUUAACAAGCCAGCUGAGACGUUUUGUAUGUCCUGUUGACAAAGAUGGCUUUCAUAGGUUGUUCUUGUUAAAAUGGUGAGUAUAAAUAUCUUGUGAAAAAACAA